AUGCCUUCCAUCAUCAAAUCUCUUGGGGCAGUCGUGGCAGGACUGGCGGCUGUCGCCUCGGCGCUACCAGCAUCCACGACGCUGGCCAAGAUCCAGGACGUUGUGAAGCGCCAGAACGCUGCGGCCGCCGCAGCAGGCCUUACCGAUAUUGAUAUUCUGCAAUUCGCCUUGACGUUGGAGUGGCUCGAGGCUUCAUUCUACCAGCAAGGCUUUGCCAAGUUUCCCGCGUCAGACUUCACUGCUCUUGGGCUGUCCGACAAGGAGAUCCAGGACCUGACCGGCAUUGGCGGCACCGAAGAGGCUCAUGUCGUGCUAUUGCAAAGCGCCAUCGCUCAGGCUGGUGUCCAACCGGUGCAGCCCUGCACCUACAACUUCGGCUUCACGGAUGCCGCAGGCAUGGUCGCCACGGCCGCAGUGCUCGAGAACGUCGGUGUGUCGGCUUACCUCGGCGCCGCCGCCCUGGUCUCGGACGGCAGCAUCCUCACCACUGCUGGUAGCAUUCUCACCACCGAGGCCCGCCAUCAGAGCGUCAUCCGCGUUGCUAGCAAGCUUGUUGCCGUCCCGCAGGCCUUUGACACGCCCUUGUCGGCCAAGCAGGUCUUUUCGCUCGCCGCUCCCUUCAUCGCGAGCUGCCCGGAAGGAAGCAACCUUAUCCUUACCGCGUUCCCGACUCUGACUAUGGCCGCUGGCCAGAGCGCCCAGGCUAUCCAGACUGGCGCUACCAUCCAGCUCCAAUCAGACGCCGCGGCCACGGCUACUUUCUGUGCCUUCACGACCGGCGGCCUUAUCGGCGGUACUGCCUUCACGCCUUUCCAGUCCGCGACAGGCUGCGUUGUUCCCCCCAACUUGGCUGGCAUUGUCUACGUCAACCUCGCUAGCGCCGGUCCCUUGACAGGCAAGCUCACCGACGACAUCAUCCUGGCCGGCCCCAUGGUGAUGCAGGUAUCAUAG